AUGAGUAAAUCUAAAGUUAACAACAAUAGUUCAAGUGAAGAUGAAUUUAUUAUCCGAGGAAGGCCAAAAACUACUAAUUAUAACCAAGAAUCUGAAUUUACCGACGAGGAGUAUGGAUAUAGUGAUCAGGGUGAUCUCAAUCCGUUAUUUGAAGAAAUUUUUGGGACUGGUAACGAAUAUAACUAUAUUUAUGAUUCUGACGUGAAGGCAGAUGAGACUCAUGUUAUGCAAACAUCAGCUGACGUAUCAGAAAUUGAAUGUUGUAAAUAUGUUAAUUAUAUUUUAGGAUUAGAUGAUGAUGAAAUUAUUAAAAGACUUUACAGAAAUGAACCUCCUGAAUUUGUUUCAUUUCAACUAGGACUAGCAAUUAUAAAGCAAGUUUAUUACGUCAAUGAAUUAAUUAGUGAUUAUCGUAAAUUUUGUGAAUUAAAAUUAAAAAAACCCGAGUAUAGUGUGUGGACAUACAGAGCCUUGUUAAUGUCUUAUAGACCUGUUAGUGAUCUUGAAAUACCAGGAUUACUUGAUAUUUCAAAAUAUUUAAAAAACUUAUCUCUAAAAGAAAAAAUUUAUGAACCAGAAGGGGUGUUGGAAAAUAAUUUUGAGCUCACAUCUGAUUUUAAUAAUGCAGUGAACCAAUUAUCAUCAAAUCCCUCAUUUGUGGAUAUUGUCUAUUCAAUAUAUGAAAAGAAAAUUAUUGAGUUCCCAGAAUAUGAUAACCUUAAAAUAUUUGAAAAUAUAAAGUUAAGUAAUGAUCUUUCUAAUUUAAUAAGAUUUUAUUGUGAUUCAAAGAAAGGAUUACAUGAGAAUGAAGUUAGGAGCAAAGUAAUAUUUAAAGCAUUUGAGAGUAUUAAUAAUAACUGUUUCUUCAGAUUGAGAGAACAACUAGUCAAAUUAGGUAUAAUCGAAGGAAUGGCUGGUUUACAGGAUGUUAGUAAUAUUUUGGUAAGCUUAAGGGGUAAACCUGGUCCUUAUGUGGGUAUUUACUUAAAUAACAAAUUUACUUUCCUUGUUAAGAUUAAUGAACAUGGUGCUGUUGAAACCUCUAAGUCUCUUCAUAGUUAUGAAAUAGAUUUGAUCAAUGAGUUUAUAGGUGAUAUUCAGAAUAUUGUUAUAACCUCUAAUACACCUCGUGUAAAAAAUUUAAUUUCAAAUAUUCAUAACAAUGUUUAUUACGUUCCUAAAAAGUUUUGUAUUUUCAAGCCAGAAAAAGACUUUGAAGUUGCUAUUGAAAUAGCCCAAUGUAUUCAAAACCCUGUAAUAUACUUUUCUAGAGCUAUUCAUGAAAAUAUCUCAUUUACUUUACUAUACAACAUACCUAUUAAACAUGAAAUUUUAGCUAAAGCGAUUUGUAUAACCGCUGCUAGUGAAAAGCUUGAUUGGGUUAGUACACUUAAACACCCAUAUGGUUUUAAUUUUUUUAAGAUUCUUGGUAUUACUUUAUCAGAUAGAAAGUAUGAUUAUGAUGUUCCAAGUACACUUAAGUCAUUAGAAAAUGUAUUUACUUUAGAUGAAAUUAACAAGAUAUUUACAUACUUUAAACUAAAUGAUUCAACCAACCUUCUUGAUUCAACUAAUCUUCAUCCUGUCAAUUAUGAAGUUUUUAAAGUUAUUGCUGAAGUAUCUCAGGGUAAAGAAACUAGUACAUUAGAUGAACAAGUGAUUAUCAAGAAUAUUUUAGAUAAUCCAGUAAUAUUAAAUAAUCUGAAUGUAAAAGAAAUUGCAGUAGAAGGAUAUACACAUCCGGAUGUUGUUAGAAAAAUUGCCCAGUCAAAACCUUGUUAUUUUGAUGGCGCACCCGAUAAAGUAAUAUUUGAAGAUGUUGUUCCACAAAUUAUAGAUUUGAGUGAUCUUAAUACAAGAAAAAACCUUGAGAUGAAAGGAUUUGUAAUAAAAGUUAAUCCUGAUUCAUAUUUAGUUAAUGUUGAUGGAGCAAUUGUGUUUUGUAUGAAGUUAGUUAAAGUUGAACUUAAUCAGAUGGUUAAAGUAAGAAUUAUAUCAGUUAAUUACUCAUAUUUAAGUUAUCAAGGUGAAAUUCUCUCAGAUAAUACAGGAAUGUACUAUUACAAAGAACAUAGAUUUUACACAGAAUUAAGUAAUAGAGAAAUAAGAGAUGCGAGGGUACCAGUGUCUAUUAAAAGUAGUUCUGUACCGGGACAUUGUUUAGUCAUAAUUCACAUACAAGAUGAUAUUUUUUUACUUAUAAACUUUCUGAAAGAGAAGAAAAAGAUAAGAAAAUUUAUGAAUUGUUGUUUUGUGAUAGGUUAG